GGGACGUCACUGGGCAGUUUUACUAAAGAGGUGUCCACCGUCUUCCACCUAACAACAUGAGUUGCUUCUACAUGUUUCCACACUGGCAAGUGAAACGGUUUCCAAGAGACGACCCGAAGACGAUGAAAACUGACCACAUGCUCUUGAGAAUGUGUGAGCCCAGUCCACCUGCUCUGCAUCCCCAUGCCAAGAGCAAUGUGACCAUGGUGGGUGUUGGUAUCAAGCUUGAAGACGACGAAUUGGGAGGCAGAUUUGUCAACCGGGAAUCCUCUCCGAUCUGUGAUUGGUCAGUUGAGAAGUCAGCGCCACCUAACGCACACUUGAGUUCUCCUCCCAGUAAAGAACUGCUACGUUCACACACACCUGCCAGUCAAGAUGGAGGCAGCAGAGCCUACGACAAGACUGACAGCAAACCUAACGUCAGUGAGGUGAUGCCCACAAUUGAAAAGCUUCUGAAUACAGACUGGAAAGAAAAGUUCCUUGGGAAGGGUCUUCAGGCCAGUGUCAACUUAAAAGGAACCCCAGAGAGUCUGGCAGAGAAGGAGUUUCAGUUGUUGUUGAUGAUAAACCAGCUCUCUGGUCUGCGAGAGCAGCUGCUAGGAGCUCAUUCAGAGCAGAGGAAUAUGGCUGCUCUACUGCUGGAGAAACAGCAGCAACAGAUGGAAUUGGCAAGACAGCAGCAAGAACAGAUUGCCAAACAGCAGCAGCAGCUGAUACAGCAGCAACAUAAAAUCAAUUUACUGCAGCAGCAAAUUCAGCAGGUAAACAUGCCGUAUGUUAUGAUCCCCGCCUUUCACCCCAACGCCCAGCCGUUGCCAGUCACCUCUGAGGCCCAGAUGGGUUUACCUCUGCAGCCCAUUCCCUGCAAACCAGUGGAAUAUCCCAUGCAAUUGCUGCCCAAUCCACACUCCAAAAGGUCCAGUGGUUCAGUCUUUCGCCAGGACACCAGUCAACCUCUCAACCUCACGGCUAAACCCAAGACCCCAAGCCCCCAGGCACUGGAACUGGCCCACAUGCAGUCAGGGUACCGACCCAGAGAUCUGCCCCAUAGCCCUCCUCGAUCUGCCCUCAGCCUAAGCUUCUUGGGAGAGGGUGAUGUUGUGACACAAGCCAUUCAUGAUGCCCAGCAGCUGUUGCGUGGAGGACAAGGCCCGACGGGCAGAGAGAGGGACCGUGAGAGGGACAACAACACAAGGCUGGAGGCGUCUCGAGACCGGAUGGAUGAAGGACAGUGCCUGAGGACGAAUGAGGACCACCUCAGCAGUGACUCUGAGGGACAGAUGGCAAUCUCUGUUGUGGGAAGCUAUGGUGAAUCCCGGACUCCCUCCUCUGGCCACAUCAAACGUCCCAUGAACGCCUUCAUGGUGUGGGCCAAAGACGAAAGGCGACGUAUCCUGCAGGCGUUCCCUGACAUGCACAACUCCAGUAUCAGCAAGAUCCUUGGUUCCCGUUGGAAGUCCAUGUCCAAUCAGGAGAAGCAGCCGUACUAUGAAGAGCAGGCCAGAUUGAGUCGGCAGCACCUGGAACGUUACCCAGACUACAAAUACAAACCCCGGCCAAAGCGCACCUGUAUUGUAGAGGGAAGACGACUGAGGGUGGGAGAGUACAAGGCCAUGAUGAAGAGUCGACGACAGGAGCAACGAGUAACGUACCCUCCGAGCCAAUCAGAGCAGCAGCUACCGUACCCCCCCAGUGAAGUACAGUACCCGACCACACCUGUGUCCAUGACCACUUUGCCCUUGCACCCUGCCCUCCUGGAGCACUACCUCCCCCGGGCUCUGGAGCCCCCGCAGAUCCGAGGUGACGAGACACAGGAGGCCGCGCGGCCCCGACAGCCCUACAGCGAAGGGGAGGAGAGUGACACGGGCGAACGCAGUGAGGGAGAGCUGGUUGUCCUCACCGACUGAGAUGAAACGAGGAAAGGAUGGGAGGACAGAGAGGGUGGAAAAUGCAAGAGGGGGAAUGAGAUGGAGAAAAUAAUCGGAAGAGUUUGGAAUCUCUACAACGUGAUGGUGUCCAAAAAAAUGGUAUAGGUCAGUGUUUUCCGGUCCAGUUUUGAGGAUGUCCUUGCAAACUGGUUUCAAACCUGCCAGAUCGGUCACAUGGUCCUCUGGGGUUGGUUAGGGAGGCAGCAGACAUGAUGACAAGUAGUUAAAUUAAGGAUAGAUAUUUUAUAUUUCAGAUUUUCCCAGUGGUGUAGGCCAGGCAUACAGGAUAGGUCUUACACACUGACCAGAGCCUGGAAAAAGCAAGACUUUUUCAAUCUACAAUAUUCGCUGUUAGACUGCAGAUCUUGAGUCGUUUGAAGGCACUGUGGAGCUGGUGUUGCAAAAGUAAAGGUUAUCUGUAAAGUGCAUAAGAAAAUGUUAGGGAAUCGACUCUUCUAGAAGGGGUAUAGAUACGUAUAUUCACGGUCGCCUUGUUUGAAAAAGUUCCACAGAUUAUACAGUGUCAAAUAAUAGAAUGCAUAAGAAGGAACGGUUCACCCAAAAAUGAAAAUGAGAUUAGAGCGAGUAAACAGUGACAAAAAUAUAAUUUUUGGAUGAACUAUUUCUUGAAAUAGCCAAUAGAUGGAGAGCUCUGAACGAUUAGCCAUAUAUAUAUAUAUUUAAAAAAAACUAAAGCCUGUGUGCUUUAUAAUGCUUCUUGAUGUCACCAGGGUUUUCCUGCAAAAGUUCCUGUUAAGACUGUGCCAAGGUACUUUCCAGAGCUCAAGGGCUGAGCAAAAAAGAAAACAAGUGGACUUAGAAAAAGGAAGGAACAUUCCCGAACUCCUUGUCCAGUUUAUUAUAUCUAGUUAUCAGAUGACGAUUAUAGGCUGUUCUGUUACAGAGAUUUAAGUAGCCUGCCCCUUUAAGACUCUGUCUGAGGGCAGUGAAGGACUGCAGACUUUCUUCAGGUUGGUGGCGUCCUCUGCUGUUUGAAUCUGGGUACUGCACUUAAAAUAUUACCCUAAGUCAAAAUCUUUUUUUAUUUUAUUUAGUGCAGAAUAAUCACUUGAAAGGCACUUUUUUCCAUCUAAUAUAUUUUUUCAUACCCUCAUGACUCAUAAUAGAACAAUUGUUUUUUUCAGAGUAGAAUUUUGCACUUGUGUAUAUAUAUGCAAAUAAUUUCUACUAUUCAUUUUGUGAAAGGACAUGUGAAUAAUACCCCUCAAAUUACUCCCAUUUUUAAAAUUUGGUUUACUUUUCUAUUUUAGUGUGUAUAUAGAGUGAGUUUGUGCUGAAGAAAAUAACUGAGUUACCAUUCCCGCAGUUCUCUUGACUGGGCCCGUAUUAUUGGGCUGCUCGUCUAUUUACAGUUGAGAUGAAAUGUAAACAUUUUGUGAAAAAAAAAAAGAAGGAAAAAAACCUUUAUAUUUUAAAGAGGAGAUUUUAGAAAGGAUUUGCCACUGAAUGGAUUGCUAUGCUAAACCUUAUAUGUUAAAGAAAUUAUGAUGUAUAAACUGGAUACAGAAAUGCAGUUUGUAUUUUGUCUGUUGAGGCUAAACUGGAAAAAUUACAAUCCAGACACGUUGCAAAACCAGCUGAUGUAAAAUAUAGAUAUAGACUUUAUUUUGUUUAUAAAAGUGUAUAAUUUAAAGGUGUACAUGUUUUUUUUUUCUGUAUGUUGCAUUUUUCCAAGCAAGUUUUGUGGUUUGUUUUUGAAGCAUAAAUAAAAAUGUUAUGUUUA